AACCGGGGGGAAACCGGGAGCUGGGGGUGGAAAUGGAGCCUGGUGGUGGGGCGGGGAGCGGGUAACGGGGUCCUGAGGGAGCUGGGGCCGGGGUAAAGCUGGAAUGUGGGGAUAAAGCUGGAGCUGGGAACAGCCAGAGCCUGAGGGCUGUGGGGAUGGGUGAGCAGGGCAGGGGGAGCCCGCUGUGCCCACAGCCUGUGCUGCAUAGAGGCUAGAGGCCGCGAGAAGCUGUGGCAGGGCAGCACGGAGACACCGAGGACGGGGAAGGACCCCCAAGGAAAUCGGCUGAAUACGAGGAAUGCGAAUGUGAAGGCCGGCCCGAUGCUCAGGCUGCCCCCAGCGCCCUGCCCUGCAGCACAGGAGCUGCCCCAGAACCAUAAUCUGCCCCAGGAACGUGCCCAGGACGCAGGGCACAGCUGGCUGUGGGGUAACGCUGCAGCCAAAGGGGGAUGUCACAGCACUGAGAUGUGUACCGGCAUCCUGACACAAGGGGUUUACGUGUUAAAAGCACAUCGUGCACGUCAUCGUUCAAAAAACUGGACGGGAGAAUCGGAGCUCUUUGGAAUAAAUGUGAGUACCGGGCUUGGCACAGGCUAAAGGCGGCUUCGAAAGCCAUGGCUUCUGCCCCUCAUCUCAACUCGGAUGCGCUCCGCGAGGUCCUGGAGUGCCCCAUCUGCAUGGAGUCCUUCACCGAGGAGCACCUGAGGCCCAAGCUCUUACACUGCGGGCACACCAUCUGCAAGCAGUGCCUGGAGAAGCUGCUGGCUAACAGCAUCAAUGGCAUACGCUGCCCCUUCUGCAGCAAAAUCACCCGCAUCACCAACCUGGCCCAGCUGACCGACAACCUGACGGUGCUGAAGAUCAUAGACACCGCGGGGCUGGGGGAGGUGGUGGGGCUGCUCAUGUGCAAGGUCUGCGGGAGGAGGCUGCCCAGGCACUUCUGCAAGAGCUGUGGCUUGGUUCUGUGUGAGCCCUGCAAGGAGGCAUCGCACGUGCCCCAAGGGCACAGCGUCAUCGCCAUCAAAGAGGCCGCUGAGGAGCGUAGGAGGGAAUUUGGGACAAGGCUUGCCAGGCUUCGGGAGCUCAUGGAUGAUCUGCAGAAAAGGAAAGCAUCUCUGGAGGGUGUUUCGAGAGACCUGCAGUCGAGAUACAAGGCAGUUCUGCAGGAUUACAGCAAAGAAGAGCGCAAGAUCCAGGAAGAACUUGCCAGGUCACGCAAGUUCUUCACCACCUCUUUAUCUGAAGUGGAGAAGGUAAAUAAUCAGGUAAUGGAGGAACAAGCUUAUCUGCUGAACUUAGCAGAAGUGCAGAUUCUGUCUCGCUGUGAUUAUUUCCUCGCCAAAAUAAAGCAGGGAGAUAUAGCUCUGCUGGAGGAGGCGGCAGAUGAGGAGGAGCCCGAGCUGACGAACAGUCUCCCGAGGGAGCUGACCCUGCAGGAGGUUGAGCUCCUGAAGGUGAGCCACGUGGGGCCGCUGCAGAUCGGGCAGGUGGUGAAGAAACCCCGGACGGUGAACGUGGAGGAAUCGCUGAUGGAAACCGCAUCCUCCUCCUCCUCCUCCUCGGUGUCGUUCCGGGAGCCUGAGCUGCAGGAGGAGGCCAGCUGCACGCCGCAUGCCUCCCCAGCCAAGCCGAGGAUGCCCGAAGCGGCCGCAAGCAUCCAGCAGUGUCACUUCAUCAAGAGGAUGGGUUCCAAGGGCAGCCUGCCGGGGAUGUUCAAUCUGCCCGUCAGCCUCCACGUCACUCAGCAAGGAGAGGUGCUCGUGGCAGACCGAGGCAACUACCGAAUCCAGGUUUUCACCCGCAAGGGCUUCCUGAAGGAGAUCCGCCGGAGCCCUAGCGGAAUCGACAGCUUCGUGCUCAGCUUCCUCGGGGCAGACUUGCCCAAUCUGACUCCCCUCUCGGUCACCAUGAACUGCCACGGCCUGAUAGGCGUGACCGACAGCUACGACAACUCGGUCAAGGUGUACACCAUGGAUGGCCACUGCGUGGCGUGCCACAGGAGCCAGCUGAGCAAGCCCUGGGGCAUCGCGGCGCUGCCUUCCGGGCAGUUCGUGGUCACUGACGUGGAAGGGGGGAAGCUCUGGUGCUUCACCGUGGACCGUGGGGUGGGGGUGGUGAAGUACAGCUGCUUGUGCAGCGCGGUGCGCCCCAAAUUUGUCACCUGCGAUGCCGAGGGGACCAUCUACUUCACCCAGGGGCUGGGGCUGAACCUGGAGAACCGCCAGUACGAGCACCACCUGGAAGGGGGCUUCUCCAUCGGCUCCGUCGGCCCCGACGGGCAGCUGGGACGCCAGAUCAGCCACUUCUUCUCCGAGAAUGAAGACUUCAGGUGCAUCGCUGGGAUGUGCGUGGAUGCCAGGGGAGACCUGAUCGUUGCCGACAGCAGCCGGAAAGAAAUCCUGCAUUUUCCCAAAGGAGGAGGCUACAAUAUCUUGAUCCGCGAAGGACUCACCUGUCCUGUUGGCAUUGCCAUUACCCCCAAAGGGCAGCUGCUGGUGCUGGACUGCUGGGAUCAUUGCAUUAAGAUCUACAGUUACCACCUGAGAAGAUAUUCCACCCCUUAAAGCAUCUCUGGAGGUAAAGCCCCUUCCGUUAGUGAUUCUUCCAGCCUCCCUGCAGCCUGACAGGAACCCGUUCAGGAUGCCUGUGUGCCAUAGCCCAGGGGAUUUGGGCGUGGAGGCCGUCGUAUUUUGUGUCUAGGAACAAAGUAGCUAAUGUGGUGGUCUGCUUUUUCUCUUUUUGAAUCUGUACAACAAAAAAAGGACAAGCACGAAGGAGAGGAUCCUUCUGGACUCCUGGUUCCUCGCUCAGUAAGCGGUCACUCCGUAAACCCUCUCACUCCUUAACGCCACAUCCACUACAGCUUCAGCCACUGCACCUUCCUUUGUGCCAUAAACGCUGACUGACUGCUCUAAUCACCUUCCUUACAGGACUGGGGCGGCAAUCCUCUUCCCGCCGUGGUAUUUGCAAGGAACUCGGUAGCAGUUGUCUGGGCAACUGCUGGAGGAGGCAAUUUCUGAUGGCAGCACUGCAUAAAGCAAAACAGCCCUGGGAAACUGCACGGCGAUGGAGCUGGGCUUUCAGACCUGAGAGCCAGGCUUUUCUCUCUCCGUUUUUCCAGUAUUUGGGAGAUCGCCCCCCUCGUGCCGUUUGUGAACCGUGUCUGUUCGAUGUGAAGUGAGUACGGUGCAAUCGUGGGAGGCCGAACGGAGCCAGAGGGCUGCCCUCUGAUGGCAGCGGGGCUUUGACUGCUAGUAGGGACUGAGCUAGUUAGAAGGGGGGGAGAUGAGGGGGGUUGGAGGGGAAAAAAGAAGCCUGGGAAACGUCCUGUUGAUACUGGGAGGUGUUCUGUUAAUUGUAUGGUGGGGAACUGUCUUGGGAAGGUAAGUCUGGUACCUUCGUUUGGGGGGAGGGAAGGGCUGGGAGCGGGUAAUGAAGGUGCUGGGAUGCCGGGGGCUCAGCUGCACCUCCCCCUCUGCACUCCUCGCACCCAGCACUACGCUUCCACCCGCCUGCAUUUUGCAUCCCACGAAGGGGAUGGGGAGCACGGGGGGUUGUUUCACUCUUAUUUUAUUUUUAAUACUCAGAAGCACACCCGUUGCUGCAUUGCCUUUCUCUCCUCGCGUAGCAAAACCACUACAUUCCUCAGCUUUUUUAUGGCACCAGCAGGCACCAGAGUUCAUGUUCAUCACGGCUUUGGGCCAAAUGAAGCACAAAACUGCAGCUGUGUGAACCGAGGCCCCCACAGUGCUACGCUCCUGGCUGAUAAAUGUGUACCUCAGUGUGGUGCUGCUCGCCUGGAAUAGUUUAUUGAUGGAAAGACGCAUUUAAAUAGGACACAGUGGUAGCAUGUUAAUCUGCCACAGAUAAUAGUUACACUGCAGUGCAUUUAUUUGUUGCCAUCAACAACGUAGUUGCAAAUUUGGGGGCACGGCAGACAGUAUAAAAGCUGAUUUUAUGGUGGCUGCCAAACCACAGCAAAUUGUUUGCUACUUGUCCAACAACAUGUAUGCAACAGGUGAUUUUUUUAAGCUCCCAGAGACUUUCCCCCGGUGAAGCAGCAAAGCAAAACAGGCUGCGGAGCAGCAGCUGCAGCCAGUUGCUUUGCAGUUGCAGGGUUUCCAGAAGCAGCACUGGGAGCAGAAGCCUUUUGGUAGGAUUUUACCUUUUUUUUCCUCUCUUUGCUGUGUUCGACCAGCAAAAAGCCAGCUGUGGGAUGGAGGUGCCCCCUGACCACGGCAACAAAUUUUUCCUGCUAAAAUUUGCUGGAAAAAGCUCGUGGAGACAGGGGUAGGAGCUGAGGGUAGAUGAUGGAAGACACUAAAGGAGCUCAGGGGAAUUUAAUCUUCCCUCCUGAGCUGCUCUGUGUAUUUGCUGAGGCUAUCACCAUGCACACAACGAUUUACAUCCCCUGCUUCUCCUUUUGGGUGGGAGGGGGCAGUCUCCUACGGUAUGUAACAGCAAUUUGGGGAGCUGAUCUCAUCUUGCAUGUAUGUUUUUGGGAGAUGACUACUAUUACCGGGACCUUCUGCAGUUAAUUACACUGUAACUCCAGGCAUUUUUUUCCAGUAUUAUGGUAAUGGCAGCUCCUCUCCUACUGAUCUCUUUUAAACAUCUCUCCUGUUUCCAAGAACUGCUCCAAGAAGGAAGCUACCGUGGACCUGAAUAACUGAAGCAAUAUUAUCUAUGAUAAUAUGUACCUCUGUCAGUCUCUGUUCCAAUGGAAUUUUUUUUUUUUUUUGCAAUAAACAUCACACUAAGCAAGAACGUUUCCUGGAGUGCUUAAAGCGACGGCAAAGCUGGUCCAGUAAACGGGCUGAGCAGCUGGGUACCCCAGUCUGUUCCUGGUUACACAGCUCAAACAGAACCUGUCUGCUUCUCACGGAGAGAUUUGGGAAAAAAUAUCCCUGCUCUGCAUCACUGGGAGCAGGCACAGUGCGAGGUGCCUGGGUGGGCUUUGUCUGCAGCUCUUUUUCUCGUCUGGGGUUUCAGGCAGAAAAGGGAAAAAGAAAACCCGGUGUCCUCGGCCCAGGGUGUGCCCUUCCCCUGACAAAGCUCGACAGUGACAGUGAGGUGAUGCUGUGGAGCUGUUUCUUGCCGCGGUGCCCCCACGCGAUGUUGUGAUCGUCUGCCAAAUGAGACGAAGCGCAGUAAUUAAGGAGUGUGAUGAAACAGCUCGCCUUCUGCUCCUUACCUGGAGAAAGGACUUGUCUGCUUCUACGUCUGUGUUUGAUUUUUAAAGGUUGUGUAAUAAAGGAAAAAUUGAUCCAAUUAAAA